CUUCCGUCGGUACUCACGCUUCACAAACAAUGCAGACUACAAAAUGACGAAAAAGCCCUCCAAAAACGACCCAAUUUUCCAGCUAACCCUCAUCGUCUCCGACGCCUUCGUCUCCUUCAUCUGGGUCUUCUCGGGAUCUCUCGUAAGAUUCGUUGCCUACAAGUUCUUAGGACUUGGGGCCCACAACCCCAUCGCCCUUAUCUUCAAAGGAUCUUUGGCUGUGAUUUAUUUGGUAUUUUUUGCUUGGAUACGAAAGAUUACGAGGGGAGCUUAUAAUCCUUUGAUGGUUCUUUGCUAUGGGAUUUCGGGGAGCUUUUCUGUGUUUCUUUUUACUGUGUUUGCGAGGAUUCCAGCUCAGGUUAUUGGAUCAAUUAUUGCUGUCUGGUUAAUCAUGUUCACCUUUCCUGAAGCAGCUCAUCCUCCGCACUUGAACGUAGAUAUUAACCGAGGAACUUUAACAGAGGGGUUGCUUGCAUUCACAAUUGUUACAGUUUCAUUAACACUUAAGAAGAAAAACCCCAAACAUUCUGCUACCAAAACAUGGAUAAAGAGCAUCUCUAAAGUCGUUCUUCAUUUACUCGGUUCUGAGAUUACUGGUGGAAUGAUGAACCCUGCUGCUGCAUUUGGGUGGGCUUAUUUUCAAGGGAAUUAUAAUACAAAGGAGCAUUUGUAUGUUUACUGGCUUGCACCCUUUGAAGCAACUCUGAUGGGAGUAUGGACAUGUAAUUUGUUUGUUAAGCCAAGAAAGCAGGAGCAAAAAUGGAAAGAAAGCUCAGAUUUAAAUCGGAUCGAGACCUUUGGUCUCUUGGAUGCUGAAGAAGUUAGAAAGGGGAAGAGCUCUUGUAGCCAGCUCUUUGGGCGCAUGGACAUGCACUUUUAUCUCACUCCAAGGGCAGUUGCAAGCGGUAACUAUAGGAAAAGAAGUAGAACACUGCAAUGAAGCAAAAGGGUAGCCCAGUGCACGAGUCUCCCACCAUUAUGGGCUCUAGAAAGGGUCCCCGCAUGCGAAAAGGCUAUUUCCAGGAUUUGAACUCAUGACCUCCAGGUCACAAGGCAACAACCUUACUGAUACGCCAAGGCUCACCCUCAACACUGUGUAAUGAAGCAAUUUUCCUCUAAUUUCUCCUCAACACUGUUUAAUGAAGCAAUUUUCCUCUCUCCGUAAAAUUUUUUAUGUACAUUAACUUGUAACAUAUAAGAGUGAUAUAUCCAGUUUCUGUAAUAGAAUUAGGCCAUCCCUAUUCAUUGCUCUACCUGAAGAGUUGAUUCAGUAA